CAGUGUUGGGGGGCCUCCAGGAACGUGAAUGGAAACCACUGUACGACAUAGAUGACGUUUGGAAUACAUUUGGAAUAACCAUUGGAAUACAUAUUAAAACGGCUUGCCAUAGCUGAGGCUCCUGCUGUGAAGCUCUUGUGUAUGUGUGUUUCUUUCUCUGCCCGGAGCUCUACUACAGGCGGAAGUUAAAGACGCUUGUUUAGUGAAAAUCUCCUGUGGUGAGAAAGUGAAAAGCAGCGUAAAUGAUAAACAGCAGGCGUUUGUGACGAUUUUAACAUCAGCGCAUCAUAUAUGUGUACGCGGCUGCUUAAUUUUCCCUUCCUGCAUUGGCAGACUGCUGGUUUUCGUCGGCAAAGGCAGACUGGCUUAUGUAUUGAGUUUGAUGUCUGGAUAGAUGGUCAGAUAGUGAAGCUCUCAAAGUAACUAACACGCGCGCGUUGAUUGGAACGUUCAGACGUUCUAUUACAUUGAUACAUUGUAGCCAGACUGCGCGUUUCCGACUCUUGUUGAUACGCUGUAGCGGGAGAAUAGAAACAUUCACUUUAUUCAGCGAUGACUCGAUUGGGUUUAACAUAACUGCUAAAACACGUAUGUGACUUUCACAACAACCAAUCUAGUGGAGCCUUUUAUCUCGGCGUUUUGCACUGGAUUUACGUUGGAAGGGACAGAGAUGGCAGACAGCGGACGGGUGAAGCACGACAGCCCGAGCUCGAGCCCCGGACCCGGGAGGAAAAAGGCGCAGCAGUCGCCCGGUUCAAAGGCGCGGUACUCGGUUAACGCUCCCGGACACUGCUUUCGGAAAGUGACUCUGACCAAACCGACCUUUUGUCAUCACUGCAGCGACUUCAUAUGGGGGAUUGUCGGGUUUGUUUGUGAAGUGUGUAACUUCAUGUCACAUGAGAAGUGUUUGAAGCAAGUCAGGACCGUAUGUUCCUGUAUGGCUCCCACACAAGUUCAGGUUCCUGUAGCGCACUGCUUUGGUCCCGCCAGUCAGAAGAAGAGGUUCUGCUGUGUUUGCCGGAAACAUCUGGAAGGCAGUUCGGCUCUGCGCUGUGAAGUGUGUGAGCUGCAUGUGCACAGCGACUGUGCCCCGUUCAGCGUUAGCGACUGUCGUUUCUGCCACCAAGAUGGAGGGCAAGACAUUGACACGUACCAGCACCACUGGCGGGAGGGGAACAUGUCCUCAGGUGCCCGCUGUGAGGUCUGUCGUCGCACCUGCAGUUCUUCGGAUGUCCUGGCUGGCAUGAGAUGCGAAUGGUGUGGCAUUACAGCACAUGCGUCAUGUUACAUAAUCAUCCCCCCAGAGUGCAGCAUGGGACGGUUGCAGAACAUGAUUCUUCACCCCAGCUGCGUGCGGAUCUGCUCGCGGAACUUCAGCAAGAUGCACUGUUACAGAAUCUCAGAAAAUUCCCAGCACAGCGAGAUGGAUAACCUGGAUGAUGUCGAUACUCCGAGUCCAGUAACUUCUAAGGAAACUCAGUCUACGGGAUCACCUGACACGGGUAAACAGACGCUGAAAGUUUUCGAUGGUGACGAUGCAGCGAAGCGGAAUCAGUUUCGUUUGGUUUCAAUCCCUCGAAUAAUCAAGAAUGAGGAAGUGGUGGAAGCAUCGCUCAGAGCGUUCUACAUCUCAGAUGAACCGCAGGAUUACGAGCUGCAGAGUUACAGCCAACAGGGACUAUUUACAGAUGACAUCAUCAACCGUAAUGGCACGCCGGACAACAAGCCAAUAUUUAAGGAUACCGUGUCUGAUUCCUGGGUGCUCAGAUCAAAACCUAAAGAAACAGAAGUGGUGAAGAUUUAUUCCAGCUCGCGCAAGGUUGAAGUCACCUCAGUUACUGCUGGGAAAAGCAGCACAGUAGACUCAAUCUUAAAGGAAGUGCUCCCACGAAUAGAAAAACAGAAUGAAAACCCUGCUGACUUCAACCUUGUUGAAGUUUUCAUGAGCAGCAAACAAGUGCAACGGCAAGUCCUCAGCGGUCAGGAGAUUUUACUGGAAAAGCUGCAGGAGAUACGGAAGACAUCGUUGCGACAGAUGAACCAGACACGGUUUUACAUUGAGGAAAGCAGGAAUCGAGUGGCACAAGUCAAUCUCCUCUUGGGAGGCUUUCCGACACAGCUUGAAAAAGAGGAAUACACACACCUGCUAUCCGAACACCUCUCAGUCAAAAGUCAUUUGGUCACCAUCACUCACGUGUACUCUGAACAAGGUGCUGUGGUUCUGCAGAUCAGCUGUUUCUCAGAGGCGGAGAGGGUUUACAUGCUGGCCAAAGACACCACCAUCAGCAGCAAACAGCUCUACUCACUUGUCAUACCUGAGAUCAUGCAAAGCAAGCUGGCCAAAGGAAGUUGCCCCUUGCUAGUCUUUGUCAACCCUAAAAGUGGUGGAUUAAAGGGCAGAGAGAUCUUAUACAGUUUCCGAAAACUUUUAAACCCUCACCAAGUGUUCGAGCUGACCAGCGGAGGACCACUUCCUGGGCUGCACACGUUCAGGGACGUGCCUCACUUUCGGAUCCUGGUGUGUGGAGGAGAUGGCACAGUGGGAUGGGUGCUGGGGGUUCUGGAGUCCAUCCGGCACAAAAUCGCCUGUCCUGAGCCAGCGAUCAGCAUUAUACCACUGGGCACCGGAAACGAUCUGGCUCGGGUGUUGAGAUGGGGGGCGGGAUACAGCGGCGAGGACCCCUACAAUAUCCUGCUGUCUGUGGAUGAGGCAGAGGAAGUGCAAAUGGACCGCUGGACAAUUCUUCUGGACGCACAGGAAAUGACAGAGGAUGGCAAAGAGAAUGGCUUCCUAGAGCCACCCAAGAUUGUGCACAUGAAUAAUUAUUUCGGGCUGGGAAUUGAUGCUGAACUGAGUCUGGACUUUCAUCAUGCACGUGAGGAGGACCCAGACAAGUUUAAUAGCAGGUUCCACAAUAAAGGUGUGUAUGUAAAGGUGGGCCUGCAGAAGUUAAGUCACACACGAAACCUUCAUAAAGACAUCAGACUGCAAGUGGACAAACAGGACGUGGAACUGCGCAGUAUAGAGGGACUGAUAUUCCUCAAUAUUCCCAGCUGGGGUUCUGGUGCUGACCUGUGGGGCUCAGACAGCGAGUCUCGGUUUGGGCGGCCAAGGAUAGAUGAUGGGAUGCUGGAGGUGGUGGGAGUCACUGGUGUGGUGCACAUGGGUCAGGUUCAGAGUGGGAUGCGUUCUGGGAUUCGUAUCGCUCAGGGCAGCUACAUUCGUAUCACUGUGAACAAACCCAUUCCAGUGCAGGUGGAUGGAGAACCCUGGAUACAAUCACCAGGACAGAUCAUCAUCUCAGCUGCUGGACCAAAGGUUCGCAUGCUGAGAAAGUCCAAGACCAAGCAGAAGAAACAAUCAGGCAGUUUGAAGGAAGGCCGUUCCGAAAGUCCAGCUCCCAGUGAUGGUGGGCAGUGACAAACUGCACAAACAGUUCAUUGACAGCCCUUCACUGUCGCCUUGACAACUUUUCUUUUAGUCUGUCCUCUGUUCUUUGUUACACUCUGGGUGGGUAUCAACAUUACUUUAGCUGAACUAGAAUGUGUUACGCAGACAUCUCUAUCAUCUCAUAGUCUGUAGUGUCCAACCGCCCCGUCUGACGAUAGCACUGCAGUCUGUUUCUCAGGACUCUAGCUGCCCUCGGCCUGUUUACGGCCUGUUUUUGCCUUAGAUAUUAGUGUUGGUUUUGUUUUGAUUGCCAAAUUGCGUCUUCUUUUCAAAGGGAACAUUGUCUUAAAGUAGUCCAUCACUGAAAUGCUAUGGCACAUAUUAAUAAGCAAGCAGUAUUUAAUCACAUUGCGCCAAAAAAUACCGUUUUAUGAACAUCGCCAAGUUAUCAAGUUUGCCAAGUUUGUAUGUGACGAUGGGCUUUUUGGUUAAUGGUACAUACUGUGACUCACCUGGUCUUAGUUGAGGUUUAUUUGCAAUAGCAGCCCCCAGUAUCUAAACCAAAAUAAUUCAGUAUAACUGUACAAACAACUCUAGUUCUUCUUCAUUAAGAGCACAUUUGAUUGUAAAGGUGGAUCGGGGAGAAAUAAUCAUCUUUGUAUAUCAAUUUUGUAGCUUUCUCAGCUGUGAGACCGGAGGCAUAAUCGUGCGCCAGAAACAAUGUGGCGUCAUCACAGCCGUUUUGUAAAAGACGGAUGAAUAUCAAUAGCUUUUUAAACGUGUGUGGUACCGAAUAAUACUGUGAAAUGCUUAAAAGAGUUGUUGAUCUUACGAAAGAUGAAUGUUUGUAAAUUCCCGACAAUGUUUGUGGACAUCUGCACCACUUUUGGUGUUAAUAGUAAUAUAAUGCGUACGAUACUUGAUAAAACAUUUCAUGCAAGAUCACGUAGCAUAUGCGGUAUUUAACAUGGUGCCAGUAACUGGUCAUAUGAACCUUUAAGCCAACAUAGCUUUAUCAUGUUCUAGUGAAAGCAUUGAUUUGUAAGUAAAUAUGUUACUGUUACCUGACAUAGUAGACAGUCGUGUAAAGCUACUCGUCCUAUUGUAAAGUUAAAACUAAAGGCGAGCGCAGUGCUGUAAUAUAUUGGCUAGUGUAUAUGUGGUUUCUGUACAGUGACUGGUCAGCCCUGGAUUCAUGAGGCUGGCCUUAGAUAUUGUAUGUAUGAUCAGUUAGACACUCCACUCCACCAAUGGGACGACUGUCUGACUUCAUCUACCUCGUCUCACCGGCACACAUCACUCCGAGAAUCAAGUUCUGCCAAGCUCGCCCAAAGACUUGUGCCUGCUUUUCAUCCUGCACUUCAUGGAUUGUGUCUGGGAAUAUUCGGAAUAGCCCAUAAUCAGGUUGGAGGCCAUACUGAAUUUAACACAGAUGCCACAAAAUGCAUGCCUUUUGUGAGAAAGUGUGACGUGCUAGAGCAAAACAGACACUGUUUUUGGAAUCAGCGCCGCAAAAUGAAUAGGGCCCUAUGAAAUUCUGCGAUGCGGAAAACGCGGACCGAAUCGUAGAAUCCAGUCAUAAAAACAGAAUUUACUGUAUAACGCGGAAUGUCACGGAAUUUGCCAAAUUUUGUAUGGAUAAAUCAAAAGUAGGUCAGUACACUUAAAUGUAAUAUGGACUAGUGUCUGUGAAUAUUAAGCCACAAAGAUACUAUUUAAAUAUGAAUCCUGCAUGUCUGUGACGUGAAUGAAUGGCGCAGAUGCAGGGUUUAGUUUACUACACAUACUGAAACACACGUGAUACUCAGUGUUUUCAGCCUCUGCUGCCUCAAUAUAUGAGCAAAUGAAUAUAAUCUCUACAACUGCUCUCAUAUCAUAUACAAACAGAAAACUAAAGGUCUUCACAGAAACCCAUCAAAAUAAAAGUUUGGUUUAACUUGAAGAAACUGUGACAGAAAUAUUACUUAAUGUAAUGAUAGUACUACUAAUUAUAAAAUUGUUAUUAAAACACUAUUUUUAAAGGAAUAUUUACCAGAAUAAUUAUUUACCAGAAUUUAUUGAGCAGAAAAUUGUAAAUGCACAGCACAGUAUUUCUGAAAAAUUAAAUAAAUAAAAUAAUAAUACUUUUUUUUUUCAUAAAAUCAAUUAAUUAAAGAUGUUUUUGAUUAUUAGUAUUCAAUGAAACUAUUAAAACAGAAUCCAGAAAAUUAAUGGAAAACUGAAAAAAAAAACUGAAUUUGAGAAAAAACAAAACAUUUCAUAGGGCAUUAAAAAAAAUUUUUUUUCAACUUUUAAUAAAUUGCUGUUUAAUAUUGUACGUUUCAUGAUUUCAAUUAAUUUGACACGCUCUUUGAUGAAUAAAAUUUCAUUUAACCAUUAAAACAGAGUCUAUAAAAAUAAAAAUUGAAAAAAUGAAAUGGAUUUCAUAGGGCCCUAAAUUAGUAAGAAAAAAGUAUUGGAUUUCAUUCAGCUAAUAUAAUGCAGACCAUUGUUAUAUAUACUGUGAGCGAUGGUUUAGGUCUCAGUGGCUUUUAGUUCAUGACAGAUCCAAGAUGAAGAUGCAGUCUUCUCUCAUGUCGUUCAUUUGCCAGCGAUGUGUACAGUGGUGAUUUCUGCAGUAGUCGUGCCUGUUGCCAGGACAACCCCUCGGGCUAACGUGCUGUUCUGUGGUGUGGUUUGGCCCGAGCUCUGCGUUUAGUGCCUCAUAUAAGUGCUUCUAGAACUACCACGGUAUUGCAGUACGUGUGUGUUUAACUCCAUGCUAUUCUGUUUGUUCUGCUGGUUCAGUGACUAUGAAGUAGAACCGUGCUGUUCUAGGUCUUUUAGAGCUGAUGUGCCUCCUAAUAGGGUGAAUUGCAUGAAAACACGUCACAUUUCACCCCCAAAAAAAUCAAAUGAAAAAAAAUCUCAAUAAUUAUUUUAAAUUAUAGGACCAUUUUAGGACAAAUACGUUUUUUUUUGUUUUUUUGUUUUUAUACAUUCUUUUCAUGAAAAUUAAGCACAUAUUCACUAAAUAUUCUUAUGACAUCGUAAUAUUUCUUUCUUUCUUUUUUUUUUUGUAAUUACCAUAAAAAAUUACAUUUGCAUUAAAGGGAGUACAACAGUUACUACAGUUCUGUAUACAUACUUGACAAUAUCUUGAAAGUAAUGAAAAAAACUAAGUAUAAUUUCUAUCGUCUUUUGAUUUUAGAAUGAAAUAUGACCUUUUUUGAGAUUCACCCAAUAACUUUGUUCAGUCAAAACUGUUUAAGUUAUUUUACCUCCUGGCGUGAUUAAAGUUUUCUGAAUACUUCUUGUAAAGUGGGUUAGAAUUAAUGUUCCGAGAUCUAUAUAGAUGUAUAUUUUUGGAGAGAAAAUGUUUUUAAUUUGAUCUAUAAAGAUAUUGCACUGACUGUACUGUUUUUAAGAUGCUUUUAAGUGUACAUUGUGUUUUAUGAAUAUUAAAUAACUAAAUGUAUAGAUAUAUCAUCAGCUGUAUAACAGAUGGAUGUGUCCAAUGAAAAAAAAAAAGACAUAAAUUUGGACUUUUUAAUACA